AUGGCGACUUCACUCGCUCGCCUUGACCCUCCUCCUCCUUCAUUCGCUUCUCUCCCCAGUGACCGUAAGUCACUUAGCUUUGAACUGGCCGAUAAUCUCCUUAGUCGCGGCCUUUAUUCCUCGGCUCAGCAGGUCAUUCAGAGAAUCAUCAGUUCCUCUACUACUCUCCCUGAGGCGAUUUCUGCAGCUGAUUUCGCGGCUGGACGUGGCGUGGAGCUCAGUCUGCAGAGCUACUAUGUGCUUAUUAGGAGAGUGAUGGGCUUCGGUGAGUUUCAAUUCGCUCGGGCAAUUUACUUCGACGGAAUAAUUGGUAGAGGGCUUGAGCCGGAUUCGAACAUUGUCAAUUCCAUGAUCAUUUGUAUGGCGAAAUUGGGAGAUUUGGAGGGAGCAAUGAGUCUCUUCGACCGGCUUUGGCACAAGGGUUGGAUGCCCUGUGAAUCCGCCAGUGAUACAGUUCUCAGAGGGUUAUAUGAGCGGAAGCGCUUUCUGGAGGCGUUUGUGUACUUCACUAGGAUUGUGAACUUGAAGGUGCAUUUGGGUUUCUGGUGUUUUAAUAUCUUGAUCGAUGGUUUGUGUAAACAGGGCCAUCUCGUUGAAGCACUGAAGGUGUUCGAUGUAAUGCGUGAUAGGACUGGCUUGCCACCUACUGUUCAUUUGUUGAAGUCACUAUUUUUUGGGUUUUGCAAGAAGGGAAUUUGUUUGGAUGCGGAGAGAGUUUGUCGACAAAUGGAAGAACGUGGUUUCUUUGUGGAUGUUGUAAUGUAUUCUUCCCUAAUAAACGCUUACUGCAAUCAUAAUGAUCUGAAAAUGGCAAUAAUGGUUUUUUUCCGGAUGCUGAAGAUGGGUUGUAAACCAGAUAAGUACACUUACACCAUGUUGAUACAAGGAUUUCUGAAGAUAGGGUUUCCUGAUAAAGGAAUGAUUAUGUAUAACCAGAUGUUAGACUUAGGUAUGCAGCCUGAUUUAGUUACUGCACAUAGUAUUAUUAGUGGUUACUGUCAGAAUGGAAAGGUGGAUUCUGCUAUGGAGUUUUUGAAUAGCAUGGUCCGCUCUAGUUUGGUUCCAAGUGUCCACAGCUAUACUGCAUUGCUUUCUGCACUUUACAAGCAGAACAGGUUUUCCGGUGUUAAGGCAUUGUUCAGAAACAUGUUAGACAGUGGAGUUAUCCCUGACCAUGUCACGUUUCUAAUUCUCAUGAAAAAUAUCCCAAAGGGGCAGGAACUUGAACUUGCUUUCUUCAUGUUAAGGGCAAUUACCAGAAAUGGAUGUAGGUUAGAUCCUUGCUUGCUCUCUGUUUCUCCUGAGAUAUACUCAACUAUGGAUUUACAGCAUGAAAUUGAAAUUCUGCUGUUGGAAAUUGUGAGAACAAAUUGGAUGCUGGCAAAUGUGUCGUUUGGUAUCUACAUUAGUGCCUUGUGCGAGAGCGGAAAAUUUGAAGCUGCUUUCGCUUCUUUUGAAACGCUCAGGGGACUUGGCUGCUGUCCUUUGCCUUUCACCUUCAAUUCAUUGAUCAAAGAACUUUGCAAGCAUGGUCUACACCAGGAGGUUAAGUGUUUGCUUGCCAUUAUGCAAAAACACGAAAUCAUUCCAGAGUUCGCAACUUUCUUGAUACUGGUGAGAGAGUUCUGCACACAAAAUGACUUAACAUCUGCAUUUGUUGUUUUAGAUGAGAUGGAGCAGUGUGGAAUCAAGCCUACUGUAGCUAUUUAUGAUUGCAUUAUUGGUUGUUUAACUAAAGGAAACAAAAUGUCCGAAGCUGAAACUUGGUUCAUGAAGAUGAUUGAGGCUGGUUUGGAUCCUGAUGAAAUGAUAUGUGUCACUAUGAUCAAUGGGUACUUCAGGAAUAAACAGUCCCAGAAAGCCUUAUCCCUGUUUGAUGUUAUGGUGAAGAAUGGGGUUCAACUUACUAAAUUUUCUUAUACUGCAUUGAUGAAGGGGCUAGUCAAGAACAAAAUGGCUCGGGAGGGAUGGAUAUAUCUUCAUAAAUUGGUGGCAUCGAAUGGUCCAUCGCCGGAUAUUCCACUGUACAAUUCUCUAGUCAACCGGUUUUUCAGGAAGAGAUAA